CCAUCAUCGAACGGGAAUGGGUAUUAAACUAGUUUAGACUAGGUAGUUGAAAAAAGAAAAAGCCUGUGCCCGAAUCUGAAGUGUAGUCUGUGGAUCGACCAAUCAGUCAACCGGAAGAAGGUGCAGAAGAGAAGAGAAGAGAAGAGAUGCAUAAUAAUCUGAGUGAGAAGGAGGGUAUAGAGGGGAAGGCGUUCGUGGUAACAGGUGGAUUGGGGUUUGUAGGGUCAGCCCUGUGCUUGGAGCUGGUUCGUAGAGGCGCACGUCUUGUUCGAGCAUUUGAUCUUAGAUCCACUUCUCCUUGGUCCGAUCUUCUUCUCACCAAUGGAGUCCACUGUCUCAAAGGUGACAUCACCAACAGAAAAGAUGUGGAUAAGGCAUUACGCGGUGUAGACUGUGUGUUCCACUUAGCUUCAUUCGGCAUGUCUGGCAAAGAAAUGCUUCAAUAUGGUCGAGUAGACGAUGUGAAUAUAAACGGAACCUGCCACGUGUUGGAAGUCUGCCACGAACAAGGUGUUAAAAGGCUUGUAUACGCAAGUACAGCGAACGUUGUUUUUGCGGGAAAUGAAAUUGUUAAUGGAAAUGAAAAGCUGCCUUAUGUCCCUUUGGACAACCAUGUUGAUCCAUAUAGCCGAAGCAAACUUAUUGCUGAACAACUGGUUCUAAAAACCAACGGCCGUCCUUCUAAGAACAAGAACGGGGAAUGUUUAUACACAUGUGCAAUUCGUCCGGCUGCUAUCUAUGGGCCCGGUGAAGAAAGACACUUACCUAGGAUUAUCAGUCUUGCGAAAUUAGGACUGCUUCCGUUCAAAAUUGGUGAACCGGGUGUGAAAAGUGACUGGGUUUAUAUCGAUAACUUGGUAUUGGCGUUAAUUCUGGCUAGUAUGGGACUUUUGGAUGACAUUCCCGGAAGAGGAAAACAGCCCAUCGCUGCUGGCCAGCCGUACUUUAUAUCAGAUGGUUCUCCUGUGAACACGUUUGAAUUCCUCCGUCCAUUGCUUAAAAGUUUGGAAUAUGGUAUACCUAAGGCAACAUUACCAGUCGGGAAAGCUCUUUUAGUCGGAAAAGCAUUUUCGGUUAUCUACACCCUCAUGUAUCCUUGGUUGAACACUCGCUGGCUUCCUCAACCAUUGUUGCUUCCCGCUGAAGUUUACAAGGUUCAUUCAUAUAAGGGUUGGUGUGACCCAUUAUUUCAAUUACCUAAAAGCCAAACAAGAGUUGGGGUACACCCCAAUAACGAGUCCUCAACAGGGUAUGGCGGCCACCAUCUCAUUCUUCCAGGAGAGAAAAGAGAAAAGUUUGGAUGGGCCGACGAUAUACGAAUGGUUUUUCUGCAUGUUUGGAAUGUCGGCAGUGAUUAUCGCGGCAGCAUUCCCUGUGCCGCUACUUAGAAGUGGAUGUCUAAUGGUUCUACGGUCCAUGUGGGUAUUGAGGCUGUUGGCUAUUUGGGCGGUGGCAAUGCACGUUGGUGAGUCUGUAUAUGCUUGGAGAUUAGCGAAAAGAGUGGAUCCCCAAAAUGCAAGAGGGUGGUUUUGGCAAACAUUUGUUCUUGGGAUUUUCUCAUUGAAAUUUCUUCUAAAGAGAGCUAAGAACAAGCAGUUGUAGUUGCAGCAGCUUAUGAAUGAAUGUAUUAAUUAGUUCCACAUACUUUCUACACAAGACAGACAUGUUUGAAGGGACUACUAAAAUAAUGAGACUAGAACUUCUAGUGGAGCUUGCUUGUAUUCAAAAUUAUGAAUCUUUUGGUUAUAUUUUUUUACACAGCGGAUAGAUAGUUGUAUGCA